AUGUACCUUCUGUUGCUCUGUGUUCUGCACUGGUCCUUGGAGUCGUUAGGAGGGACUCAGACAGACCCAGGAAACCUUGAAAUGGACUCAUUGGCCUUUGAGGAUGUGGCUGUGAACUUCACCCUGGAGGAGUGGGUUUUACGGGAUUCCUCACAGAGGAAACUCUACAGAGAUGUGAUGUGGGAAAACUUCCAGAACCUGGUCUCAGUAGAAAGAAAACAGGAAGAUCAUGACAUUGAAGAUCAGUACAAAAACCAGGAGAGAAAAUUAAGAAAAGAACUCACACAGGGGAGAAACCCUAUGAAUGUAAGGAAUGUGGGAAAGCCUUCACCGUCCUGCCCUGCUCUGGCCGGGGUGACACAGAGGCAGAGUGGCACACAGGAGAACAGGGGGCUGCAAGUAGGACCCCAGGAACCAGGGCAGCCCUCACCCUCGGGCUGA